CUUCCCCUCUCAUUCCACUCUUUGCGCUCUCCAUUGCUUCUUAUUGAGAGGUAAAGGAACAUAGAGAGAGAGAGAGAGAGAUUGUUGCAAUGGCAGCAGCUUAUUCUCGUGUCUCCUACUCACUUCUGGUGUUGCUUCUUCUGGCAUUGUCGUUGGUUGGGAGCGUCCAUGGACGGCUGAAGCCUUCAGAUUGCCAACCGAGAUGCCAAUACCGGUGCUCAGGAACGUCCCACAAGAAGCCAUGCAUGUUCUUCUGCCUCAAAUGUUGCGCCCAGUGCCUGUGUGUGCCGCCUGGAACCUAUGGCAACAAGCAGGUGUGCCCCUGCUACAACAACUGGAAGACAAAGGAAGGUGGCCCUAAGUGCCCUUAGAUUUUUUCGAUGGGGAUACCUUGUGGUGCACCAAAUAGUUUCGGUCUAUUAUACGGAUAUCUUAUUUAUGUUAUUGCCGUUUUAGUAUUCAAGAUGGAGGAGAGAUUCAUGGCCGGGAAAUGUGAAUCCCCUCUUUUGAUGUGGCUAAUGUUACCUACCAAUAAGAGUUUAAAUAAUUCUGAGAGUUCUCCAUUGGACUGCUA